AAGAUACGUGAUAUAACUGAAGAGGAUAAGGGUAUAUACCAUUGCACUGUCAACACCUCCCCCAUCAAACAUAAGGUUGUCACUUUGCAUGUUAAAGUACCGGCUCGGAUCAACCAUGAGACCUCCAGUAACGAUACGACCAUACGCGAGGGUGACACGACUUCCCUCUUCUGCAAUGCCACUGGAACGCCCGAGCCACAGAUUAAGUGGAAGUUCAUCCCUUCUGACCCAGCUAAGAGAGGACAAACCAUCAACAGCACCGGCAGCAUGUUGAUCAUCAGCAACGCCACUAGAGACCUAGAUGGUAAGUACGAAUGCACGGCUGAGAACCUGCCCAACUCGCAGGCUGUCAAGAGGAUCAAGCUGACAGUUCAAUUUCCUCCGGAGAUAUUUUUAAGUACGAAAAAGCUGGGUCAGACGAUUGGCAGGGAGACCAUACUGGAGUGCAAGGUCAGGGCUAAUCCGCACCUCAUGAAUGUCUGGAUGAAGGUAGGUAACGGGACCACAAUAACGCCCACGGAUCGACUAAAAGUGGACAUAUUCCAACAAUCCGGACCGGAAAUCCUUCUGAGUCUUAGGAUUCGAGAUUUGAAGCAGACGGAUUAUGGUCCGUAUGAUUGCAUCGCCGAGAAUAAUCUCGGGAUCGCCAAUGACACCAUGAUACUAUAUGGUUAG